AUGUCCACCACCGCAACCGAACUUAAGACCGGCGUCACUGUCACAGGAACGCAGCCCAAAGGCCGCAUGGCCCUGGAUGGAUCGCCAACCAACUACGGCGACUUCCGUGAUGCCCUGAAUAGGGACGGAUACGCUGUUAUCAAGGGUGCGAUCCCGCGAGACCGUGCCGGUAAAUACGCGGAUGAGUUUUAUACUUAUCUGGAGGGCUUUAACCUCGGGUAUAACCGUAAUGACCCAUCGACAAUCAAGCCGGCCAAUCUGCCUGUCAUUAACGAGAAGGGCAUGAUACUGGCGUACGGCGUCACGCAUGAGAAAUGGGUAUGGGAUAUUCGUGGUGAGCCGGGGGUUGUUGACACCUUUGAGAAGGUGUAUGAUGAUGAGGACUUGAUUGUUUCGUUUGAUGUGGUGAAUGUGCAAUUUGCGAAUCGAGAGAAUAUGCCUGAGAACAAACCCUGGCCACACCAAGACCAAGACCCAACCAAGCCCGGUUUCCGCUGCCUCCAAGGUCUCGUGAACCUCAACCCCUGCGGCCCCAAAGACGGCGGGUUGAUCGUCUGCCCAGGGGGGCACAGACUGUCCCAGCAAUUCCACCGCGAGAUGGCCGCCGAGCCACGCAUCCCAGCCUGGACACCGGAGUGGUUCGGGUUCACGGAGAACGGGAUGAAGUGGCUCGCUGAUCACGGAUUGGAGUGGGUCAAGGUCUGCGCGGAGCCAGGCGAUUUGAUUGUUUGGGAUAGUCGUGUGCCGCAUUAUAACCUCCCGCCUGAGGGGGAGAAUGACAGGUUGGCGGUUUAUACGUGCUUUAUGCCGGUUAAUGAGGCGAGUGGAGAGGAUUUGGUUCGGAAGAAGGGAGCUUUUGAGGAACGCCUCGGCACCACACACUGGCCGAAUGCGGUGCAUGUUGGUUCGAAUACUGCCAUGAGGGAUGGAAAGCCGUGUGAGAAGACUCGAGACCGUCCGGUUCAGGAGCCAGCUUUGAAUGAACGGACGUUUAAGUUGACUGGGAUCCCGUAUAUCAAGCAGAGUGCCUGA